AUGGAGUCACUUUCGUAUGUUUUCCGUGUGAGUCCGAAUACAAUUUCCGAAAUUGUCAGAGAAACUUGCACAGCUAUUUGGACUGUAUUGAAGAAUUCAGCUUUCCCACAUUUAAUGAGAGAAGGUUGGUGCGCACAUGCACGUACUUUUGAGGAGAAAUGGAAUUUUCCACAUUGCAUCGGAGCUGCAGAUGCGAAAGUAGUUCUUAUACAGGCAACAGCUCCACCAAACAGUGGAUCGGCUUAUUAUACAUAUAAGCAACGAUUUGGAAUAAAUGUAAUGGCCAUAGCUGAUGCACACUAUCGCUUUAUUAUAGUUGAUAUGGAUGCUCUAGGAAGAAGAAAGGAUGGAGGUGUAUUCAAAGAAAGCACAAUGGGUCAGAGAUUCGAACAAAGUUCUCUACAAGUCCCUGUGCCAGAACCCGUGGAUGCGAAUGGUUCAACUUUGCCAUAUGUUCUUGCCGGAGAAAAAGCGUUUCCUUUGUGUUCACACAUGAUGCGACCUUAUCCACGCCAUGGUCAUUUAAAUCGCAACAAACAAAUUUUAAUUACCGUUUAA